UGGUGGAGAGAGAUGAUAAGAGAGAGGGAAACGCGUCUCUACGAGGCUCACAUUCCAUUCAUCUCUCUCUCUCUCUCUCUCCUCUGAUUCUCUCUAUACGACCCGUGAGCUCGCCGGAGGAGGGUGAAAUCAAUAUAAGAUGGCGCAGAGAACGGAGAAGGAAGAGACGGAGUUCAAGGUCCUCGAGACCUUAACGACCCCCGCCACCGCCACGACCACGCUCUGCUCAAAUAACUGCGGCGUUACAGCGAAUCCAGCCACCAACAACAUGUGUCAGAAAUGUUUCAACGCUUCCAUCGCCGCCGCCGGCGUAGACUCCGGCUCGACGUCGAAGAGAGCGUCGAGAUCCGUUAAUCUUAGGCCAUCACCAGCCAAAGUCGUGAUCCGUCCCAGGGAGAUCGAUCCGGUUAAGAGAGAUCAGCAGACGGUAAACCGGUGUUCCGGCUGUCGGAAGAAGGUGGGGCUGACCGGGUUCAGAUGCCGAUGCGGUGACCUUUUCUGCUCCGAGCACCGUUACUCCGAUCGACAUGAUUGCAGCUACGACUACAAAACCGCCGGUCGUGAGGCGAUCGCUAGAGAGAACCCGGUGGUCAAGGCGGCGAAGAUGGUCAAAGUUUAAAAGUUAAAAUUCGAAUUUGAUUUUAAAAAAAAAAAGAAUCUUCAGUCGUGGUUCAAGCUCCGAUCUAUAAAGUUCGGACAGGGAGAUGCUCUCGCAGACAUUGAUUUGAUGCUGUCUGUUUUGUAAUGAAAGAUCAGAGAGAUUCUCUUCUCGAUUUGAAUUUGAAACUAAAUUUAUUGUUUAGUGAAUGAUGAUUAUUAUUGUUGUAGCUUUUAGGGACUUUUAUGGAUUCAUGAAUUUUAUUUGCUUAAGAUUUUGAUA